GUUUUACUGCACAGGCCGACGUACAGCGGUUCGAGAUCCGAGAUCCAAAAACCCGAGAGCUCCACCGUCUUCUAAACACGCUCAACACAUUCAGCGCAGCUCAAUCAACCAGCAAAUAUGAAAUUCUUAGUCACCAUCGCCGCCGCCCUCUGCCUCUUCGUGGCCUAUGCCGCGGGUCAGCAAUACUUUCUGGGCCAGUUCCCCAGCCGAGCUCGCUUUGGAUUCGAUCCCGUGGCGCUAGCAGGACCCUCGUCGGCCACACAGGUCCGGGAUCCCCGACAGAACAGAGGACCCGUUGUGUUCCCCCCAUCCCCACCUGAUGCAGUGGACGAGUCCAGCGGCGUGAUCGUUGGCGCCUCCGGAUAUGGUUUUGUGCCACCUCAGCAAAGAAAACUCUCUGGUUAAAGUAACAAAUCAACCCCACACCGAAUACCAAAUCUACCCCACACCACACCGAUUACCAGUAAUUAACCCAAAGUACACACGCAUGCACAAACACACACACACACACUAUAUGCACGUCAGCACCGGAAACGGAAAUGCGUCCCUCUUAGCUAAUUACAGGCACCCACAAAAAAGAAAAACACCAAAAGACCCACUAACUUGGCACCCAACUUCCCUAACCUUCCCCCUUCCCCCUCUUCCUUAAAAAUAAUAAAAUUAACAUUUAGUUAGUUUAAUUAGCUUGAAAACGCAAUGUUUAUUACCACCUUAUUGUUUCGUUUUGUAUUUUGAUUUUAUCUUAUG